AUGACCAUCGCGACGGUGUCGGUGAGCGUUGUCUUGACAACGCAAGAACCACGGGCCAUGAAUCAUCCCCGUCCUGAAUGUCACCGGGGGGGCACGACCUUGGCUAGAGGCGACGGGCGCGGCUACGUGGGGUUGUUCUACGCGUUCUUUCGCAUCGGGUCGAUCAUUUUCGGCGGAGGUCAAGUGAUGCUACCCAUGCUUCUCAAUGACAUUGUCUAUGCUAGGUGGGUGACCAAGGACCAGAUUUUCAUCGGAUUUGAGUUAAUCCAAUCCCUUCCGGGCCCCCUCUUCAACAUGUCGACGUACUUAGGCGCGGUGGCGUUGGGGGUUCCUGGGGCGUUGCUGACUGCGUUGGUCUCUUUGGGCCUGAAAUAG